UGAAGUGCGCAUGCGCCAUACAAGCACCCCGCGCCUUCUGCAGCUGCAGCUGAACCUCUCAGCACUGUUCCUCCUGGCACAGCAUCCCAUUUGUCUACCAUAGAGUCGAGCUGAGUCGCUUUUCCCUUGAGGGUUUAUGCUUCGCAUGGACAGAUGUCAGCCGGGCCCUUUCCUCUCCCCAUCUCUUUGCCUUUGUGGUCCCUCUUCGACAGAAAACGUUGGCGCUUCUGUGACUGGUGAGUACGUAAAUCUGUCAGGCUUGACCAGAACAGCUACCCCUCCCAGUGUCUGUUUGGCUGCCAUAAUGCUUGGGUUACAGGGAAAUGCUUCAUCCCCCAAAGUGUAUCGUUGCGUAGCGUGUUCUGCCACCUUCACCGGACUGGCCUCAUUGCUAGUUCAUCAAGCAACCCAUGCAAGUACACUCUCCAAGGUAUCUGGCCCGCCUCCAACUCAACCUAACAUCAGCCCACAUGAAACACAGUCUGCAAGUACGGACUUAACCAACGAGCAUCCCAGUCCACCAGUCAUCUUAUCCGAGAGCCCUCCACCUUCAUUUUAUAUUUGUGAUUGUGGAGAGGAAUUUCAGGACUUUGAUCUUAUGUUAGAUCAUAAACGUUCACAUGUCCCUGAGAUGCAACUAGUACAACCCCUGAAUGAUAAUAUUGUUCUUCCAAGUGAAACAGGGUGUGAAAAGGUUUUUUCCAGCCAGCAUGCAUCACUCACUCCUGUAACCCAGACAGAUUUGGUCCUUAGUUGCCCCUCCACUUCCAGUUCCCCAGUUGCUGAAGUGCACACAUUAAAUGCCCAUAAAGGAGAUGUGGCCUUGGAGGAGAGUGUUGCUAUGGAAACCACUGCUCGAGGCCAGUGCACACCCCCUCAAAAUAUCAGUGAGGAGCAACUUGAGGACAUUUCUACCACUGCGGACCAAAUACCAAAUACUAUAGAAGAUGUGGAUUUGCAGGAAGAAGAUUCAAUGCAACCCAGUGAAAAGGGAGAGAAUUUGCCUAAAAAUAACACCCUAAUGAAGCUUCUGGCAUCUGCAUACAUGAACCGUUUUCCCCAUCUUCCGCCUGAAAAUCAAAGCGAUGACGAAGCUGUGUCUAAGCAUGAAGGUAUUCCAUUUGAUGUAACACCUGCAGCAAAAGCAGAUGGGCCUCAAAUAAACGAUCUUUCUAUUACUCAUUUGAGACGACUACUUAUCAAACCUGGUAUAAAGACAAAAGCUCCAUCAAUUAGCAGAAUUUUGGAGUCAAGUAGGAAAAGGGUUGUCUCCCUCACUAAAACUUUUUCUCCUGUUGUGGUUCUUGAGACACGCCAAAAGCUCAUGGAUUCAGUCAAUAAAGGCACAUAUGGCAGAUAUAAAUGUGGUCGCUGCCGAAGGGUCUUUCAGAACUUGGACAGAUUGACAGAGCAUCAUUUUUUGCACAAAAAAGAGAGGAUUAAAUGUUGUCGUCGUUGCAAACAGCUUAUCAUUGGGCGGUUGCCUUUGCCUGAUAAUCAUGUCUGCCCUCAGCUGGCAAACAGGAAUGUACAGCCAUCUGGCUCUUUGAAAAACAAGUUCUCAUUUGCCCCCAAAAUAGUGCCAUUCCAUAGUGUUGGUAAUGCAAAAAAGGUCUUCUUUUGUCCUUUGUGCAAACACAGUUAUGCACGAAGGUGGAACCUCAAAACGCACAGGUGUCAUGGUCAAAUGUCCCUCAGCUCUAGGCAGGUCAGUCCUUCCAUUCAGAGAAUGUUGUCUCUGAGUUCAAACAGUAAUGCCAAAACUGUCAUGGAUGAGGAUAAAAACGGAUGUCAGAAUUUAAAUAGUAUAGGUGUAGGCACUGAAGUUACUGGCCGCAUCAAAGUUGAGAUGAUGUCCUCAAAUUCAGAGCAGUCUGCAGUUUCACAGUUAGCCUGGACUCCUUCAGCAAAAACCUUCCCCCCAUUCUCCCUUAAAUCCUCUAUAGUGGAGCUGCAACAGGAUUCCUCUCUGCAUUCGCUCCAGGAAGGAGAAGAAAACAGCUGGGAUGCAGAAGAGCUUGAUAACGAAGACAGCAAUGAAGGGCAGUGGACAAUGCCCUUGGAUGAUGAAAUGCAGUCUUUUAAUACUGAAAAUCAAACUGGUAAUAACGGAGAGGAGAAGCAGUCUGGAUUGGCAGAAAUGGCAUCCCAUGGCUUACGCUAUUUUGUCAAAGAUGGCGUAAAACGUUACCCUUGUAACAGGUGUCAGAAAACCUACAGUCGAGCCUCAACUUUAAGGCGCCACCUGCGACUGUGUGGGUUUAGGCCCCAUGGGUUUGGGAGUGUUGUGCAGAGCGAUGGUCAGGGGAACAGUACACUAAAUGCCAGUAACACAAAACAGAUGUUUCCUUGUUUUGUAUGUGGAAAGAUUUUCAAUCGUAAAGAUAACAUGAUGGUUCACAGAAAAAGAUGCCAGCUUCAGAGAACAGUGCCGGAGGUGGAAAGGGUGACUGUGCAGGAGAGUUUGCCAGGCAAUGCAACAGCAGACUCUCAAACCCAGGAGGAGGAUGCAGCAAACUGGGGCAUUAUGUCACUCCCCUCAGUUCUUCCAAGAAGGGUGACGUGUGAGUGUGGAGUUGGAUUUACAUCUCCAAGACUUCUUGUAGAGCAUUUGCAGAAGCAUGCCCUAGAAUCAUACACAUGUCCAACUUGUGGAGAAACGGUUAAUUCCUGGGCUGCCUAUGAAGUUCAUCUGCAGAUCCAUAUGCAUCCUCAUCACAAGCUGCUGCAGGGCCUGCAACCACAGCGAUCACAACCUAUCUUGCUUCGAUUUCGGCAGCAACAGCAGUCAGCUCAGACAACACUUCAGCCGCCACAGAAACAAAUGCACCCUGAGCAACUUACAGUUCCAGCAAAAAAGCGGAUUGUAUGCACACGAUGUGGAAAUACUUUUGCGACUCGAUGUUCCCUUCGAAGGCACAUAGCCUGGAAUCGCUGCAAAGGUGCACGGGCUACAAGUGUUGUCACAAAUCCCCCUAAAUCCUUUCACUGUUCACACUGCAACUCAGAUUUCCCCAACACUAUCAGUCUAAUAUUUCACCAGAGGAGUGGAGCGUGUAAACCUGCCAUCAAGCCUGUUCGUUGCCCUGUUUGUCUCCGCUGGUUUGGUACAGUAGACAGUUUGCAGAAACACCUGCUCACUCAUAAACAGUCUGAAUCAUAUCGCUGUGAUGUCUGUCAAGGCACAUACCCCAACCUUAAAUCACUCAAGAACCACCGCAGGAGGAUUCAUCGCAUCAUGGCUGGAAACACACAGCCUAAAACACAGGAACCACUAACUUCUUAGCAUCACUGAAAUAUAGCCAAAAAACGUCUGACAUGAGUGGUGCAUUCAAGACUAGAGUAAAUAUUAUUCUUUGUUCUCUCUAUAUUUGUCAAAUUUAUGUGCCCUUUGUUUUUUUUAUUAAACUGCAUGAGAUUCUUGGAGAUUGUAUAGCUGCAUAAGAUUUUUUUUUACGACUUUUAAGUGUAAUUUUAGCUUUCCAUUGUUUUAAAAGAGAAAAAUUAAUAUUUGAUAUACAGUACAUUUUAGAUUUCGAGGUAAUCCUUGUAUUUCUUAGCCUCAUUAGCCUGUAAGUGAUUGUGUGGAACUGGAAAUUCCACUUAUUUCACACAGUUGGUGAUGUAGCUUGAUGUAAUGGGUGUUAAUAAACAUACAAGUGUGAAAUGUUA